AUGGGAUCAGAAGGGCCUUCAAUCGUGACUGUCCAUGUUACCGGAUUUAAGAAGUUCCAUGGUGUUGCUGAGAACCCGACAGAGAAACUUGUGACCAACAUUAAAUCCUUCAUUGAAAAGAGAGGGUUGCCAAAAAAUCUUGUACUUGGAAGCUGCGAAAUUCUCGAAACAGCCGGACAGGGGGCGCUUGGAACACUAUAUAAAGUUUUAGAGUCUGCCAUUGCAGAUAGAGAGAACGGGUCAUCGGCUCAGGGGCAAAUAAUUUGGGUCCACUUUGGGGUCAAUAGUGGUGCAUCACGGUUUGCUCUUGAGAAUCAAGCUGUGAAUGAAGCCACCUUCCGCUGCCCAGAUGAGCUUGGGUGGAAACCUCAGAGAGUCCCGAUUGUGCCAUCUGAUGGAAGCAUCUCACGGACAAGAGAGACUACACUGCCAGUGAAGGAGUUAACCAAGUCACUCAGAAAGACUGGCUACGAUGUGAUGCCUUCGGAUGACGCCGGGCGAUUCGUGUGCAACUAUGUGUACUACCACUCGCUCCGGUUCGCAGAGCAGCACGGCAUCAAGUCUCUGUUCGUGCAUGUGCCCCUCUUCUCGACAGUCGACGAGGAGGUCCAGAUCCAUUUCGUCGCUUCCCUCAUCGAAGCUCUUGUCAGCGGUUUGACCUGGAAAAUGUAA